UGUGAAGAAGACGUGACGUCAGGCUGAAGGCUAGACCAACAUGGCGGCAGUUAUGAGGCUGGUCAAGAGAAGCACUUUAAGUUCAGUGAUGGGGCAGCACUACCUGGCUUUCAGCUCCUCAGCGAAGCUCACAGCGGCUGGUGUCAAUACAGGGCAGGCUCUUCCAGAAAAGGUGAAAAUAGUGGAGGUGGGACCCAGAGAUGGACUCCAAAAUGAGAAGGCUAUUGUUCCAACGGAGGCAAAGAUUAAUCUGAUUGACAUGUUAUCAGAGUGUGGGUUGUCUGUUAUUGAAGCCACCAGCUUUGUUUCCCCAAAAUGGGUUCCACAGAUGGCGGAUCAGGUGGAGGUGAUGAAGGGCAUCAGUAGGAAACCUGGAGUGUCUUAUCCAGUCCUCACCCCUAAUCUCAAGGGUUUCCAGGCUGCUGUGAAGGCAGGAGCUUCAGAGGUAGCCAUAUUUGGUGCUGCAUCUGAGCUGUUCAGUAGGAAGAACAUAAACUGCUCAGUGGAUGAGAGUUUACAGCGCUUUGACGAGGUCAUGAAAGCAGCGAAGGAGGCUGGUGUGCCAGUUAGAGGUUACGUCUCGUGUGUCGUUGGAUGCCCAUAUGAAGGCAAAGUGGCACCUGAGAAAGUUGCUCAUGUAGCCAAGCGUCUGUAUUCUAUGGGCUGCUAUGAGAUCUCUCUGGGUGACACCAUCGGAGUGGGGACUCCAGGCAGUAUGACUACAAUGCUGGAGGCAGUGAGCAAAGAGGUGCCAAUCAGUGCGUUGGCAGUGCACUGCCAUGACACCUACGGUCAGGCUCUGGCCAACAUCCUUGUAGCUUUACAGAUGGGAAUCAGUGUGGUAGACUCAUCAGUAGCUGGACUGGGCGGCUGUCCGUAUGCACAGGGGGCUUCUGGGAACGUUGCAACUGAAGAUGUAGUUUAUAUGCUGCAUGGACUUGGGAUUCAAACAGGAGUGGACCUCUCAAAGCUGAUGGAUGCUGGAGCUUUCAUCUGCCGAACCCUCAACAGAAAGACCAGCUCUAAAGUAGCACAAGCCACCUGCAAGCUGUAGGCCAAGCUUUGGGCUCUUUCACAGACUCUAUACUGCAGCAGCCAUGUUACUGAGAGCCAUCCUCUUCUGCACUUUAUCAGUUCUUCCCACUUCAAUUCCACUUUGAUUUAUCCUCUGUCACGGUUUGUGAUUACUUUAACGUUCACAUGGUACUGACACCUCUCUGUUUAGAAAAAAAAUCUGAUCAGAUGUUCAUUACUGGAAUGGUGCCUUAUGUGGUGUCUGUAAUUACACAGAUACUGUCAGAAGCCUUCACCUGUUUUUAAUGAUGUGCUUACGUUACACUUCCAGCAGUGGGUAAGCCAAAAUGAAACAUAGACUUUGUUUCUAAUAGUAAAAUUAUCCAGUUAAAAUGUCCUAGGAAGGGAUAAACUUACUGUUGAUGUCAGAAAAGACAGAAGUGUUGUUUUGAUAUUGUUUUGUAAUCCUGUGUAUGCAGUGAUCACUAUUUUCAAAUGAAAUGUCUUCAUAGGGAGCAUCUGUAGAAACCAUUAGUCCUUAUGAACACGGGCACUGAACGGGAUCAUGAAAAGCUAUGGAAAAAUAUUCCAUAGAUUCUUUAUUUGGGUAGGAUUUCUAAUUUUAGUAUAAGUGUAUUUAUUUUGAAAUACGUCUCUUCAAAUUCAACAUGUACAUAUCCCUCUCUUGACGGAGAGUUUUAAAAAUAAAAAUAAUUUAAUUCAA